AUGAAUCUCCAGUUGGAGUCGCGCUUCUCGGAGGAGCCUGCCAUUGAAGCUGCUGCAAGUUUGCUAUCCCUCAAGGCUGUGUUCUCACGUUCCAUUGCAUCCGCUUCUUCGAUAGCCGGAACGCUUUCUUGCCAUGUAGAUCUUUAUUCCGAUGAUACUGAGAAUGGAUUUGACGAGCUUCUGAAGCGUUCCGAUAUUCGGGCAGUAGUUGUGUCACUACCUAUUGGACACCAGUCUCGAUUCAUCAGAGCGGCUCUCUUGGCCGGUAAACAUGUUCUUUCCGAGAAGCCAGUUGCUGAAACCCUCGAGGAGGCAAAGGAGCUCAUCCAGUGGUAUCGUACUGAAAUCAAGGGCCCAACAUGGACUGUUGCAGAGAAUUGGAGAUUCCUAAAGAGUUAUGAAUAUGCGGCUGAACAGAUUAAGAGUCUGGGCAAGAUCACUGGGUUCCAAGGUCGUCAGCAUGGCAUGGUUCCUGAAAAUUGGAAAUUCAAUCUCACUGAAUGGCGACGUAACCCUACGCAUCAAGGUGGCUAUCUUCUUGAUGGUGGUGUACACUAUGUGGCAGGGCUCCGAUUGUUGUUGGGUGAAGAGCCUGGUAAUCAAAUUGCCUCGAUAUCAGCUUUCACAAAUCAAAUUCAGCCUUACCUUCCCCCCGUUGAUACGGCUGAUGCGAUUUUAAAGACUACAUCGGGCGCGACUGGUGUCUUCCAGAUCUCGCGGGGCACCUCAUUGCGGGCAAAUGAAUGGACCAUAUCAUGCUCUAAUGGAUGGAUCAAAAUUGAGAACGAAAAGGUGACAAUCUCCCGCAAUAGCCAAAUUGAAGUUGUCACCAUCACAAAUGAGAGGACCGGGGUGCCACCUGAGAUUCGAGCUUGGGGGCAGAGUCUCUUGGAGGGAAAAGCACGUUCAGAUCAGGAGCCCGAGACUGCUUUGGCAGAUCUUGAAUUGAUUGAGCUUAUGCUUAAGAGUGGAAGCCGUGGUGGAGUGCCUCUUGUAUGUAGCCACCAGAAUGUUGCCAAAUAG